UUUUCUCGUCCGUCAUCAUUUCACGAUCGACGACUUUUUUCUUCAUCUCUCUCUCUCUCUCUCCCUCUCUCUCUCUCUCUCUCUGUUCCUCCGUUCCUCUCUAACUCUGUUUUUUCUCGGAAAAUCUCGUCUCCGAUCUCCCCGCUCGGAUUCUUCUCGACUUUCGCAACUUUUUGAAGUUUUUUGUUCGUCUCUGGACAGGUUUUUGUAGUUUGUACUGCCAUUGUUGAGUACCCAUCUCCUCCCUCCAGGAGAAAAUUCGAAUUUCUGUCCGUCAAUUCCACCGCCAACUUUUUUAGGGUUUUAGUUCCCCACGGAUCGCGCCUCGUAUACCUACUGCCAUUGCGGUGUAUCGAUCUCCAGAAUCCCGGAGAAUUCGAAUUUCAGCUAGAGAUUCUUCGCAAUUUCACCACCAAAUUCGAGAUUCGGAGAGGAAGAGAGGCUAGUCAGAGAAAAUGGAGAUGAUGAAAUUGGGAGGAAGUAUAGGGUAUGAGAAUGGCGGAGUGGUGAUGACGAGAGAUCCUAAGCCGAGGCUGAGAUGGACCGCCGAGCUCCACGAUCGCUUCGUCGAUGCUGUAACCAAGCUUGGUGGCGCCGACAAAGCUACCCCCAAGUCCGUUCUGAAGCUAAUGGGCUUGAAGGGAUUAACGUUGUUCCAUCUCAAGAGCCAUCUACAGAAGUACAGACUUGGUCAGCAGCAGGCGAAGAAACUAAACCAUGCAGAUGACAACAAAGAGAAUGGAAGUUCAUAUGUGCAUUUCAAUACUCAUUCUCAAGGAGAUUUCUCUAAUUUACCAAGAAUCGAUAAUCAGCAAAGGAACAUUCCAUUUGGGGAGUCAUCGAGGCAUCAGGUCGAAGGUCAGCAGAAAUUGCGACAACAGCUCGAGGUUCAGAAGAAAUUGCAGAUGAGAAUAGAGGCACAAGGGAAAUACUUGCUAGCGUUACUAGACAAAGCAAAAACGAGCUUUCCCACCUUGGCAAACCUUCCAUCUGAUGCGGAAGCAACGACGGGUCAGUUCUCAGACUUCAAUCUAACGCUUGAAGGAAGUAACGACGGAGAGGAGAAGAGUCAAAAGGUGGCUUCUUCUACCGCCGAUACCUCAAACAACAGCGAAUCAGAAGAUUUUGGAGUCUGUCGAGAGCGAGAGAAUGAAAACUCGAAAAGCGGGUAUGAUCUCAUGACUUUAGGGAACUAUGGAAUGGAGAUUAAGCCAAAUGUAUUUGCUGAUAGGCAUUAGGUAAAAGGGACAUUACUUUAGUUUUUUUUUUUAUUAAAUUCAUUUUCCUUAUACCAACCUCUCCGACUCAUCCCCGACCUGAUUCGAUCCGAUGAUACUGAAAUCGUAUUUUGGAUCUACGAACCUUUUAACUCUGGAGUUUUUCGGAGCAGAAUUAGGGCGAAAAGGAUCUGUGAGACAGAGAAGGGUUAUUCUGGUUUCGGGUUCUGUUUCAGUUCCUUGUUGUUCACGUUACAGAAGAUCUAUGUACUGUUAACGAAUAUGUGGAGUUGCAAACAAUUUCCACAUUGGUUUGAAUUAUCAUGGGAUACAACAAGGACUCAGGUAUCCAUUGAUAUCUGAUGGACCGACGAAGGCGAAUCGAGGAAGGCAAGUAUCUGUUAGAUGCCGGGAUUGCUCGAGUAUUGGUUGGAUAGUCGACCGAUGAAGGCAAGUAGGAGGGGCGAUGCAAAAGGGCGAGCCUGUGAACCGAGAGAGCGAGAAAAAGAUGUAAGUGAGCGGCGACGCGAGACUAGGGCGAACGGGGAGUGGCGAGGGUGAACAGAAAUCCUUAAAUGGAUGUGUCCUUCGCCUUCGCCUCAGUGGCUCGCUUUAAAAAAAAAACCCUAAUCACCCUUCCUCCAGUCUCGCCUCGUCCCCACGCGAAUUCCUUCGCUCUCUUUCUUCCUCGACUUGGGUUAUCAAUGAAUAUAAGUACUCACCGGUCGAAACCUCUAAA